UGGUAGUCCUGUACAGAGCUGUCAAUACAGCGUAUUUGGACACUAUCCUUACGGACUAAAACCUGCGACCGUGCUGGUUGAACAACCAUCUCUGAACUUGGUCAUCACCAAAACUACUACAGCCAAAAUGAAAGUUGUCGGACCUACCUGCGCGUUGAACAACAGCGAGGACGUUGUCCGUUGCCUGUCUGAUCAAAGCCUCACCAUAACCAAAUGCAAGAUUCCGCUGUUGGACGAGCAGAUGUCUGCCUUUCUGCAAGACAUGAACAACUGCUACAGCAAGCUUAAGGAACUCGUACCGACGCUGCCUCCUAAUAAGAAGGCCAGCAAGGUGGAGAUCCUCCAGCACGUCAUUGACUACAUCUGGGACCUGCAGAUCGAACUGGACGAGCCGGGCAAGACUCGCCAGGCGGGGAGCAACAUGCCACGCACUCCCCUGACCACCCUCAAUGCUGAACUUGCCAGCAUCUCUGUUGAGAAUGGAUGCUCGGAUGACAGAAUCAUGUGCCGUUAAAAGUCGAAGCGACCAUUCCAACACCCAGCAGCAAAAGCUUUGAGAAGACCGAACAAGGAUGCAUAGAGUGAUGAUGCUUGAUCACUUCGAUCGACCUUGAACUGAGUAGGGAAAUCCACAGAUUCCCGCGUUAGAGUAAGAACUGUAUUGCCUGUGACCCAGGAACGACUAGAGGACCAAGUUGAUGCGGCCCGAGUAUCUACAGAAGCCUGAGUAGCCUACAGGGAACAAAUCAUUAGAUUGCUGUGUACAGCCGUGGGAUCCAUGGCACUCAGUACGUCUGUCUCCCAGCUCUCCUCCUUCUAUUGGGCCUCCCACAGUAGUUACUCGUUUUAGCUUAUAAACGUAAAAAUUAUUAGUAGGCCUACGUUAUUUUGUUGAAGAGGUCAAUUUCUCAGAUUACUGAGCGAAAUUAUGUAUUGUAUAUUACAAUGACAUAAAAUGUGAACGUCAUAUUGUGUUUUCUACAAUGUACCUAAAAUGUGUUUUUAUUAAAACAAAAUUAUUGUGA